UACAAUUCGAUCGGUAUUAUAAUAAGACUAAGUGUGUCUCUUGAUGAAAAAAAUAGAAAGAAAGAAAUUUAAAAACAUUUUGAGGUGUUUGUGUGAGGAAGGAAAAGAAGUAGACACAAUAUGAGUUUGAUUAAUAUUAAUAGUGGAAAAGAUGAAGAAGAACAUGACUACUAUUACUCAUCAUCAUUAGUAGUACCUUUGCUACAACCAAAAACACUUUCCAAUUCAUCAUCAUCUCAUCAUCUUGAUUCCAAUCAUCACCAAAUAAAAACAGGGAAUAUAUGGAGUUGUGUAGCACAUAUAAUAACAGGAGUUAUUGGAGCAGGAGUGUUAUCACUUUCAUGGAGUGUUGCUCAAUUAGGUUGGAUUGCAGGCCCUUUAGCCAUCAUAGCAUUUGCAGCCAUUACUAUUGUCUCAACUUUUCUUCUUUCUGAUUGUUACAUAUUCCAACAUCAUCAUUGUUCUUCUUACAUGGAAGCUGUCAAACUCCAUUUAGGGAAGAAAUGGGAAUAUGUGAGUGGAUUUUUUGUGAUUUUGAGCUUAUGUGGAAGUGGGAUUGCUUAUACUAUCACAUCAGCCACAAGUCUAAGGGCAAUUAUGAAAUCUAAUUGUUAUCAUGAUAAAGGGCAUAAAGCUCCUUGUUCAUAUGGAACAACUAUGUAUAUGGUGCUAUUUGGAGUGGUGGAAAUUUUUAUGUCACAAAUUCCUGAUUUUCAUAACAUGGCUUGGCUUUCUAUUGUUGCUGCUAUUAUGUCUUUUGCCUAUGCUUUUAUCGGAUUUGGAUUAGGUUUUGCUACCGUCAUAGAAAAUGGACAAAUUCAUGGAACCCUAACAGGAGUACCGGCUUCAAACACCGCGAACAAACUAUUUCUAGUCUUUCAAGCGCUCGGGGACAUUGCUUUUGCCUAUCCAUACGCGCUUAUCCUUCUCGAGAUUCAAGACACCUUAAAGGCUCCUCCAGCAGAGAACAAAACUAUGAAGAAAGGUUCAAUGAUUGCAAUCUUUGUGACAACAUUUUUUUACCUAGGCUGCGGUUGCUUCGGUUAUGCAGCCUUUGGUAAUGACACACCUGGAAACCUCUUAACUGGAUUCGGAUUCUAUGAACCUUAUUGGCUCAUAGACUUCGCUAAUGCUUGCAUUGUUUUGCAUUUGGUUGGAGGAUAUCAGAUAUACUCACAAGCAGUAUUUUCAGUGGUAGAAAAAUGGUUCGCAAAGAAAUAUCCAGACAACAGUUUUGUGAAUGAUUUUCACACAGUAAAAAUCCCAUUACUACCAAAAUUCAAAGUGAAUUCAUUGAGACUUUGCUUCAGAACAUUUUAUGUGAUAUGCACAACUAUAAUUGCCAUGAUUUUCCCAUAUUUCAACCAAGUUUUGGGUGUUUUGGGUGCCUUGAAUUUUUGGCCAUUAGCCAUAUAUUUUCCAGUUGAGAUGUAUUUUGUACAGAAGAAAAUAGUGUCUUGGUCAUCAAAAUGGAUUGUUCUAAGAACUUUUAGCUUCUUUUGCUUACUUGUUACUAUAGUUGGCCUCAUUGGAUCUCUUCAAGGCCUUAUUACAGCCAAAUUUAGUUAACAAUAAUUAAUUAAUUAAUUAUUAUUACAAUUAGUUUAGAGUGCAUUUUUUUUUGUUUUUGUUGAUUGUAAUGUUAUUCUAUACAAGUGAAUGAAGAAUGGAUUAUUAUAAA